UAUAGAAAAAUAAACAGUUAUAAAGAAAAAUGCUCUAUUGUUUUAUUGUCCUUCUAUGUCUCUCUUCCACGUAUCUAACUCUCUCUCUCAAUCACGAUGCCACCAUUCUCCGGCAAGCCAAAUUGGGCCUAUCCGACCCAGCCCAGUUCCUAUCUUCAUGGUCCGACAACGACGUCACGCCGUGCCAGUGGAGCGGCGUCACCUGCAACGCCAUGUCAUCAGUCAUCUCCGUCGAUCUCUCCAGCUUCAUGCUCGUCGGUCCUUUCCCCUCCAUCCUUUGUCAUCUUCCUUCUCUGUCUUACCUCUCUCUCUACAACAACUCCAUCAAUGGUUCUCUCUCCGGCGACGACUUCACGGCGUGUCGGAAUCUCGGCCAUCUCGAUUUGUCGGAGAAUCUCUUGGUUGGUUCCAUCCCGGAGUCACUCCCUUUCAAGCUACCAAACCUCCGGAACCUUUACAUCUCCGGGAACAACUUAUCAGAUUCGAUUCCGGCGAGCUUCGGAGAGUUCCGUAAGCUUGAGUCGUUGAACCUCGCCGGAAAUUUCCUCUCCGGUACCAUUCCCGCCUCGCUCGGCAACGUCUCGACUCUGAGAGAGCUCAAACUCGCUUACAAUUUGUUUUCUCCGAGUCUAAUCCCGAGUCAACUCGGAAAUCUCACGGAGCUCCGUGUUCUCUGGCUCGCCGGUUGCAGCCUCGUGGGUCCGGUGCCUCAGGCUCUGUCCGGGUUGACUCAGUUGGUUAGCUUGGAUUUGACAACGAAUCGACUCACUGGGUCUGUCCCGAGUUGGAUCACUCAGCUGAAGAGCAUCGAGCAGAUUGAGCUAUUCAACAACUCGUUCUCAGGCGAGUUACCGGAGGCGAUGGAUAACAUGACGAUGCUGAGGAGAUUCGACGCAUCGAUGAACAAUCUUACAGGGAGGAUUCCCGACGGCUUGACUCGGUUAAACCUUGAGUCGCUAAAUCUCUUCGAAAACAUGCUCGAAGGACCCCUGCCGCAGAGUAUAACUCGCUCCAAAACCUUGUCAGAACUCAAGCUCUUCAACAACAGACUCACCGGAGCGUUACCGAGUCAACUCGGCGCGAACUCCCCGUUACAGUACGUGGACCUUUCGUAUAAUCAAUUUUCCGGCGAGAUACCGGCGAAUCUAUGCGGGGAAGGGAAACUUGAGUAUCUCAUGCUCAUAGGCAAUUUGUUUUUUGGUGAAAUCCCGACUAGUAUGGGAAAGUGCAGGAGCUUGACUCGUGUUCGAUUGAGUAACAACAAGCUUUCCGGUCACAUCCCGGACGAAUUCUGGGGACUGCCUCGCUUGUCGCUGCUCGAACUCUCCGAUAACUCGUUCACCGGAAGGAUUCCUCAGACGAUAUCCGGUGCUAAGAAUCUAUCGAACCUCCGAAUCUCGACCAAUCAGUUUUCAGGUUCAAUCCCCGGCGAAAUCGGAUUGCUUAACGGACUGAUCGAGAUUUCCGGAGCGGAAAAUAAUUUCACCGGCGAGAUUCCUAAAAGUUUGGUGAAACUGAAGCAAUUGAGCAGGCUUGAUCUCAGUACGAAUCAUCUCUCCGGCGAGAUUCCUCGAGGAAUUCGAGGCUGGAAGAAUCUAAACGAGCUUUAUUUAGCGAAUAACAAUCUCUCCGGUGAAAUCUCUGGAGAAAUCGGAACCGUGCAUGUUCUCAACUACCUCGAUCUCUCAAACAAUCAAUUUUCCGGUGAAAUUCCGGUGGAAUUGCAGAAUCUGAAACUAAACGUUCUAAAUCUGUCGUAUAAUCAUCUCUCCGGUACAAUUCCUCCUCUCUACGCUGAUAAAAUCUACGCACGUAACUUCCUCGGAAAUCCCGGCCUAUGCGUCGAUCUCGAUGGGCUUUGUCAGAAGAUCACACGGCCCAAAAACAACGGCUACGCCUGGAUUCUCCUAUCGAUAUUCACACUCGCCGGUCUGGUUUUCGUCGUCGGGAUCGUUAUGUUCAUCGCCAAGUUCAUGAAGAUCAGAGCCUCGAAGAAGCAGAGCCCUAGAUUCGCCGCCUCCAAAUGGAGAUCCUUUCACAAGCUUCAUUUCAGCGAGCACGAAAUCGCUGGUUGUCUCGUUGAACGGAACGUAAUCGGAAUCGGUUCCUCUAGUAAAGUCUAUAAAGCGGAGCUUAGUGGUGGAGAAGUUGUAGCCGUGAAGAAACUCAACAAAACGGCCAAAGGAGGAGACGGAAAUAGCGAUUCGUUGAAUAGAGACGUUUUCACCGCGGAGGUCGAAACGCUUGGAACGAUUAGGCAUAAGAGUAUUGUGCGUUUGUGGUGUUGUUUCAGCUCCGGAGAUUGUAAGUUGUUGGUGUACGAGUACAUGCCUAAUGGGAGCUUAGCCGAUGCGUUGCACCGUCGCCGCAAAGGCGCGGUUUUGUUGGGUUGGCCUGAGCGGUUAAAAAUCGCGUUAGACGCUGCGGAGGGUUUAUCAUAUUUACACCAUGAUUGUGUACCUCCGAUUGUGCACCGUGACGUGAAGUCGAGUAACAUUCUUCUAGAUAGAGAUUAUGGUGCCAAAGUAGCCGACUUUGGGAUCGCCAAAAUUGGUCAGAUGAGCGGUGUCAAAACGCUAGAAGCUAUGUCUGGGAUCGCCGGUUCUUGCGGUUACAUUGCGCCAGAAUACGUGUACACACUUCGGGUGAAUGAAAAGAGCGAUAUCUACAGUUUUGGUGUUGUGCUUUUGGAACUGGUUACAGGGAAGCAACCAACCGAUCAGGAACUAGGAGACAAAGAUAUGGCGAAAUGGGUGUGCAAUACACUUGACCAAUGCGGUCUGGAACCUGUGAUUGAUCCCAAACUCGAUCUUGGGUUCAAAGAAGAGAUUAGCAAAGUUAUUCACAUUGCUCUUCUCUGUACAAGUCCUCUCCCUCUAAACCGACCUUCCAUGAGAAAAGUUGUGAUCAUGCUUCAACAAGUCUCUGCUGCUGUUUCUUGUAGCGGUGCAAACGCGUCUAAAUCUACUAUGACCGGUGGGAAACUCACGCCAUACUACUACACGGAAGACUAGAGCAGCGUUUGAAUACUCUAAUAUGGGCCGGGUUGGGUUGGUUUGGGCUGAGAAUAGCGAUUUGGUGUUGUUAAGUUAGGUGAAUUGUAAGAAAUCAGAAACAGAAAUGUGAAGCUUUCUGAUUAGGUAAUAGCUAUUAAUGUUAUGAAGUUUGGAUACCAAUUAUUUAAAUUAACGCAAUGAUUGCAACAUUUGGUGGUUUGUCCA